AAUCGUCGCUCCCCACUCGUUAUUCCCUUCUUCAAAAAAAAAAAACACCCAACAAAAAAAGAUCACGCGGCCCAGAGAACAUAACAAACAAAAAUCAGAAACACCAAAAAAAAUUUGAUUUCCUCUCUCUCUCUGAUCUGAAUUUCUUCGUCCUCCGAUCUAGCGAGAAGAGCAAUGGCGGCGUCUACGGCGAGGGAGGAGAACGUGUACAUGGCGAAGCUCGCGGAGCAAGCGGAGCGGUACGAGGAGAUGGUCGAGUUCAUGGAGAAAGUCGCCGGUGCCGUCGACAACGAGGAGCUCACCGUCGAGGAGAGGAACCUCCUCUCCGUUGCCUACAAGAACGUCAUCGGAGCACGGCGUGCCUCGUGGAGGAUCAUCUCCUCGAUUGAGCAGAAGGAGGAGAGCCGCGGCAACGACGACCACGUCUCCGUGAUCCGUGACUACAGAGGCAAGAUCGAGACGGAGCUCUCCAAUAUCUGCGACGGAAUCCUCAAGCUGCUCGACAGCCGCCUGAUUCCGGCAGCAUCUUCCGGAGAUUCCAAGGUUUUCUACCUCAAGAUGAAGGGAGAUUACCAUAGGUACUUGGCCGAGUUCAAAACUGGUCAGGAGAGGAAGGAUGCCGCCGAGAACACACUCAACGCUUACAAAUCCGCUCAGGAUAUCGCUAACGCAGAACUUGCUCCAACCCAUCCGAUCCGUCUCGGCCUGGCUUUGAACUUCUCUGUCUUCUACUAUGAAAUCCUCAACUCGCCUGACCGUGCUUGCAAUCUCGCUAAGCAGGCAUUCGAUGAAGCCAUUGCCGAGUUGGAUACUCUAGGCGAGGAGUCAUACAAGGACAGCACCUUGAUCAUGCAGCUUCUCCGUGACAAUCUCACUCUCUGGACCUCUGACAUGCAGGACGAUGGAGUGGAUGAGAUCAAGGAGGCAACACCAAAGCCUGCUGAUGAACAGCCGCCGCAGUAAGCCCGCGGUUUCCCCUUUACUCAGUAUUUGAACUUCUCCGUUAUAUAUGAUUUUGCGUGGAGAAGUUUGUGUUUGUUGCUAAUUCUCCUUUUCGUCUACCUCGAAGCUUGUGAGGCCAAUGUAUUCUUGCCCUUGUCUGGUUUGUAUUAUCUCUGAUCCAUCUUUCCUGUUCUUCUUUAUCCUCUCUUUGAUCGAUUUCACCAUGGAUUUUUCUGUAGUGAACUCACCUACCCAAUCAAUAUUUCCUGGUCUUUGUUUCCUUUUCUCAA